AUUCAUUCUACAUAUAAUAGUUUGCAUCUGCUAACCCCAAACUCCCACUGUAUCUCUCCCGUACUCCCCCUCCCUCUUGGCAACUAUAAGUCUGUAUUCUGUGUCAAAGUAUUUUUCUAUGGUUGAGUUAUGAGCUCCAAAAAUAGAGGUUUGUCAAGGAAAUGGAGUCAUGUACCUCACUGCAGCCACGCUCCUGGGUACUGCUUACUCAUCAGUUUUUUUGAAAAAUAAAAAUCAUAUAUAAUUUAAAAAAGUUACAGUCUGUUUACAGUUAUUAUAAAUAUUGGUUAUAUCCUCUCUGUUGUGCAAUACAUAGAAAGGAUCAUUUGUUAGCUGGGGUUGGAGCCUCCUUGAGACAGGAACAGUGUGCGAUAAGUCCUAGCUUUUCAACACCUAGGUGUGAGAGGAGCAUGGUCUGGUGGGGAGGGCAAGAUAAGGUUGAAAAGGUAGUUUAGAGCCUUAUCAAGGAGAAUUCUGUUAUGGUGUGUAUUAGUUACUAACGGCUGCAUUAAAAAUCCCCCCCCCCAAGCAGGCUAAAACAACACACUAAUUAUUAUUAAUUAUUAAUUUAUUAUUGAUUUUGAUUGAAGUAUAGUUGAUUUAUAGUAUUUUGUUAGAUUCUCACAAAGCUUCUGUCAAUAUGUUGGCUGCAGCUGUGGUCUCAUCUCAAGGCUUGACUGGGAAAGGCUUCAUUUCCAAGCUCAUUCACAUGCUUGUUGGUUGGAAUUCUGUUGGAGCAAGCCUAUUGACAGUGAUGCUAUUGGCUAGGAACCUGAGACACUCACUUGAGGGAGACCUUUGUGAUGAUGGAAUAUUUAUGUAUCUAGAUGUCAGUGAUAGUUACAGGAAUCGACACAUGUGAUAAAAUGACAUGGAAUUAUACACACACCUUGUACCAAUGCCAGUUUCUCGGUUUAGAUGUUGGACUCUCAUUGCAUGCAAUGAUAACCUUUGUAAGAAAACAACCUCUUUGUAUUGUUUUGCAACUUCUUCUUAAUCUACAUUGAUUUCAAAGUAGAAACUUAAAUCUCUUAAUAGGUAAUGAUUAGAGAAGCUGUUUACUCUGAACUAGGGUCCUCAAAGGGGCAAAAAGAUCAGUGGAAUAAUUCUUCAUGUUUGAUGUAGGGGGGUCUUCCUAUAUCAAAAAGAUAAAAACCACCCUCUUGGAGGCUUGCAGUAAAAACAGAAGUAAUACUUCGUAAAUUAUAAGUUACAGAGAAGAAAACAUCCAGCAGAAGAGGGGGAAGAAAGCAUCCAGGCCCAUGACUUCCUGUUUGCUCAUGUAAAACACAAGUCAUACUGAAAACACACAGACCGAGAUAAGACAUCCUCCACGGCUGAGCUCGCUGGUCUCUGCACCAUGAGAAACAGAUAUCUAAAGUUUCUGCCAGGACUCUUGGUACUGCUGCUGCUGCCAUGGGGACCUGCAGCCCAGAGCACAACAGCCUGUGCUCGGUGGUGCCCUCCAAACUCCUCAUGUGUCAACAGCACUGCCUGCCGCUGCCUUCCGGGAUUCAGUGCUUCAUCUGGGGAGGUCUUCACUAGCCCCUCGGACAGUUGUGAUGAUAUCAAUGAGUGUGCACCACCCGCGGCCGUGUCCUGUGGAAAGAAUGCAGAGUGCCUGAACACGGACAGGGGCUACCACUGUAUCUGCACCCCAGGAUAUGAGCUUGCUUCUGGGGCACCAACGUUCAGGAAUGAGAGUGAGAACACCUGUCAAGACGUGGACGAAUGUCAGCAGAAACUGAGAAUCUGUAAAAGCCACAGCAUCUGCAUCAAUACCCAGGGCAGCUACAUCUGCCAGUGCCUACCCGGCUUCAAGCUCAACCCAAGGGACCCGAAGCUGUGCACAGAUGUGAAUGAAUGUACCCCGGGGUCAAACCCAUGUCACAACUCCACCCACUGCUUCAACCUCGUGGGCAGAUAUGAAUGCCGCUGUCGCCCUGGCUGGAAACCGAUUCCUGGGGACCCCAGCAGCCCAAAAGACAUCGUCUGCGAAGAUAAGGACGAGUGCAGCUCCGGGGAGCAUCAUUGUCACAACUCCACCAUCUGCACCAACACUGUGGGUUCAUAUGUGUGCCAUUGCCGCCGAGGCUGGGUGCCCAAACCGGGAUUCCAGAAUAAGAAAAAUACCACCAUCUGUGAAGAGGUCUCCUUCCCCACCUGGAUGCCACCUCCUGGAAUCAAGAGCCAGAGGCUCUCCUGCUUCUUUCACAGACUCCAGGAUCUGCGUGGGAACCUCCGUUCUGUCUCUGUUCAGAGCACUAUCCAGGACCUCAUACAGGAGGUUGGUGAUCUGCUGGAGGGGCCCCAGGACCUGGAAAACCUGUCCCAAUCAGAGCAGCAGUUUGUGGCCACUAAUCUGCUCCUGGGCCUGGAGAAUGCCCUGGGAUGGCUGGGCAAGGCCCUGCCCAUUGGGGCAGUGACUUUUAGUUCAUCUGCCGGCACAGUACUGUCCCUGGAGGUGCAGGAGCAAGGAUACGAGAAUAUCACCUUGAUUCAGAAUCAGACAAAGAUGCUGCUCACCUGGGAUACAGUGCAUGAAUCUGGUGACUCAGGCCCUACUGUGGUGGGCCUUCUGUCCACUCCAGGGGUGGGAAGGUUUCUGGCUAAGGCCCCUCUGGUCCUGGAUACUGUGGAACAGGCAGCUUUGCAUGAGACACACAAAGGCGUGCUACAGGAACUCUAUCAUGAUCUGCUAUCAGACGUCAUCUCUGCCUUUAUCAGCAACAAGGACCCUCAGAACCUCAGGCACCCGGUCACCUUUAUCUUCCAACAUUCAGUCAUCCCUGGUCCAAGAGAGAAAGUGUUCUGCGUCUUCUGGGAGCAUGGCCAGAAUGGAAGUGGUCAUUGGGCCACCAGUGGCUGCAGGAUGGUGGGCACCAAAGACAACAGCACCAUCUGCCAGUGCACCCACCUCAGCAGCUUUGCCAUCCUCAUGGCUCACUACGAAGUACAGAAGGAUUCUGCACUGACUGUGAUCAGCUACGUGGGGCUGAGCCUCUCUCUGCUGUGCCUUCUCCUGGCGGUGCUCACCUUCCUGUUCUGCAAAGCCAUUCACAAUACAAGCACCUCACUCCACCUGCAGCUCUCCAUUUGCCUCUUCCUGGCCCACUUGCUCUUCCUAACAGCCAUUGACAGAACUGAGGUCAAGGUGCUCUGUAGCAUCAUCGCAGGUGCCUUACACUAUCUCUACCUGGCCUCCUUCACCUGGAUGCUGCUGGAGGGCCUGCACCUCUUCCUCACUGCACGCAACCUGAUGGCGGUCAACUACUCCAGUGUGAACAAGUUCAUGAAGAAGCUCAUGUUCCCUGUGGGCUAUGGAGUCCCGGCUGUGAUUGUGACCAUAUCUGCAGCAUCCCGGCCUCAUCUUUAUGGAACACCCACCAGAUAUACUCCAAGAACUUCAGGCUGGCAGUCCUGUGGAGCUCCUGUACACAAACUUUGCUGGCCUUCAACACCAAAUGUCCCAGGGCUCCCCCUCCCAAUGCCAGAUCCCCAGGCAUAGGAACCAGAUAUGGCGCUCAGAACUCUCACUCCCACAGGUAAGCCUCUGUGAUAUA